GCUACUGGUCCAGCAGAGGAGCUGUCUAGCUGAGGACCUCCAGCGCCAUGGACCUGAUCAUCACGCAGGAACUGGCCCGUGCCCGGAACCAACAAGAUGCAGCUGCACUGCGAAGAGCUUAUGAACUGAUCAAGUCAGCAAACCUGGGAAAGUCGGAGCUUGACCCCACAGAGAGCUUCAGCCCGGACCUGUUUGUGCUGUGUGCAGAGCAGGCACUCAAGAUGAAAGAGCCUGAGAUGAGUGAAGACUGCAUCCAGAUGUACUUCAAAGUGAAGGCACCAGUCACUCAGUUUCUGGGCCGAGCUCACCUGUGCAGGGCCCAGCUUUGUGCCCCACAGUCAGAGGAAAACGUGGAGGAAUUUGAAAAUUGCGUGACACAGUACAUGAAGGCUAUAAACUUUGCAAAAGGAGAGCCAAGGUAUUACUUCUUGGUGUUCAAUGCUUCUGUUCUCUACUGGCGCAUGGUGCGGCCAUUCCUCAAGCCUGGAUAUCACCACCUCGUGAUUCCCAGCCUCUCCCAAAUUGUCAGCGUGUUAAAUCAGACAGAAGAGGAAGACAAGGAGUGGCGGGCAGAGUUGAUGAUAGAACUUCUUGAAUGUUACCUGCAAGCAGGAAGAAAUGAGGAUGCUACCAAGUUCUGCUUGACAGCAGCGCCAUUUGUCAAAAACCACGUGCCACAGAAGUACCGGCAGAUGUUCUCAAUCAUGGUUCGUUAUGAGGUACUGGAUGAUGAAGUGUUGAGGGAAGAGAAGAAGCAUUCUGUUACUCUGUCCGUCACUUACCACAUCAAUUCGCUGAAAGCGAAAUUGGAUAAAAAUAAUUUGCCAGAAAACAUGGAGCAAAUCCUGAGGAAAAUGUAUACAAAUUUAAGUCAGUACCAUCACCAGCGCAGUCCUGCCGUCAGAGAAGAAAAGAUCCUUUUGCUUUUUGAACUGGGCCGCCUGUGUCUGACCCUGAAAAAUGAGGCAAUAACCAGUGACUGCCUCUUAUACCUGAAGAAAAUGGAAAUCACAGAUCCUAGCAAGCUGCUAGAAAUUGAAGGUCUGGAGUGUGAAUUAGACGCUUUAAGAUUGGAAAGCAAGCUCAAAAUGUACCUUCGAGGAGCCGUCGAGGAACAGCUACACAUCAUAAAGAGACUGGACAACAUACUACAGCGGGCUAUUCGUCUGGGUAACCCCACAACCAUCCAUGUGCUGUGUACUACACAAUGGAACACCUGCCUGCCCCUGCUGCAGCACAACCUGCGACACCACCUCCGGAAGCCACUGACCAACAUUGCUGAGAUUCUGGAAAAGGUUGAUAGUCUCAUGAUCCUGAUGCGCUGCCAAGUCCACAUGGAGAUGGCAUACAUCGAGCAGGAUGAUGACCGGGUGGAGCCUGCCAUUGAGCAUAUGCAGAAGGCCAUGCGCCUGGACAGCCUAGGUCUCUACAAGGACAAGAUCAAGAUAACUUUCCGCCGGCUGCAGCUGGGUACCAUGCUGUACCAGUCUCCUGAUCGUCCUGAAGACAAAGCCACUAUGGCCAUUGAACAGGCAAAGAAAGCCACCCUGAAAGACAGUGCCCGGAAGAAGCGUGCAAUCCUGGUGAACGCAGGCCUGGCUCUUGCCCCCGACACCUUCCAGAUUGUGCUGGACAGUGAGAAUGAAGCCAAAGUUUCCAUUGGGAAAAUCAAGGGCCGAUUCACCUACCUCUGUGCAAAAGCUCGACAUCACAUGCUCUGUGUGGACAAAGCUGCUGGGCACCUGCGGCGUCUAGGAUAUGAGAAUGAUAAAGAGAGAAUUGUGAUUUGGGCUGAGUUGGCCAAGGUUGCCUGGCAGCAAGACGUGUGGGAUGUCUGUCGCACGGCAGCCCGCUUCUGCCUCCUGUACGACAGUGUCAAGACAAAGAAGUCCACAAAGAUAAAGCGAGGGAGGAAGAAAAAAGGCAUCGAGGGCUCCAUGCAUGACUGGGGGGGUCCCUCUGAGGUGGUCCUGCAUAAGCAGAUAGCCCCUGACCUGCUGAGGAAGAUCGCAGAGGUUUCGUUCAUCAGCGCUGAGGCCACGGUCCACUUCCUGCGCUUGGAAGGUGUACAGCUGAACAACCAGGCCAUUCCUCCUGAGGACUUGAGCCAACACCCAGCUGGCUAUGUGCCUGAACCACCAGAGACCAAUUCAGAGUGGAUCACAUACAGAACCUGGAUAGAAAACUUGUCACAGUACGCCAUGAACAACUGGAUGCGUGCUGCAGAAAUCGGGCAGGAGAUAGGGGAGUCCUGGAUCGUGCAGAACGCCGUGGUCUAUGUUUUGAACCACAACCGGCAUCUCAUCUUGGCCGGGAGGCAGAAAGAGCUGGUGGAGCCCCUGUUCCACUUCCUGAACAUCAUCAAGGUCACUGGAUACACGGAGGACUCAGUCCUGCUGGUCAUGCUCUGUAAUGCCCUUGCUCGAGGCCUGAUCAUGAGUUGGAUUCCCACCCAGACACCUGAAAAGUUGAAAAAGAAUGUGCGCCCUACCUUGGUUCAUGGCCCGCUGGAGUCUUCCGCUUUAUCAGACAUCAGAACAGCUGUUGAGGUCUGUGAAUUUGCACUGAACCUCACUAAUGGGAACGUGCCGGAAGACAUUGUCCCCACCAACGUAAGGCAGCACCUCAUCUCCACCUGGGUGAAGGCCAAGCAGCUAUUGCAGCAGCAGAUUGGUCAGCGGCUAGGCAUCGAUGAACAGAGUACCAAUGAAGACAUCAGCUCCGUGACCAGAGUCCUAGUUGCCCUUGAGAUGUACUCCUGCAACGGGUUGGGCCUCAUGGAUUUCACUGUGCCCCCACUCGUACAGGUGGUGAAAAUGGCCUCCGAGUGCAACUGGUCAGACCACCUGGUGGAGCUGCAGACCCUGACGCGCCUCACCCAUUUUGCCUAUAUGGCUCACGACCAUGAGGUCACCAUGGCAUGUUCUCAGAAUGCCACACAGAUGGGCCUCAAGCACCUGAGGUUGUUUGAACCGACCAAUGCCAAGCUUGCAGCAGAAAUGCUGUGUAUGGUGUCCUGCAUCCAGGGCCGUAGCAUCAUGGAAAACUUGAAAGGCAGGAAGCAGCUACGGCUAGCAGCAGCCAAGGCCUUUGUAGAAAGUGCCAGGUUUGGGGGCCUGGCAAAGAGCAAUUCCCUGGUGAUGAUGGCUGCCCGGCACUACUGGAACACAUGGCUCCCACUUCUGUCCUCGCCGGCCAAUAGGAAGAAGGCCAAGGCAUCCCUCCAGAGAAUCAUCAGCAUCAUCAACAAGACAGAGAGAAAGAAGCAGGAGAUGGAGAAAACACUGCCUCUGCACCAGUGGCCGACAGCUGACUUCCAGACUGGAGGGACAGCACCCGAAAUCCAGUUCCUCCCAGGGGCCGAGGACGACCUCACACUCCGUGCUGCACUCUAUACUCUGCUCUUCAACAGCCAUGCUGACCGGAACGACUGGGAAAUGGGUCUUAAGGUGCUAGACGAGGCUGUGCAAGUACUGCCAAGGACAGCCCACCGCCUCUUGAUUUUCAAACAUAUGGUGAUUGUGAAGGCCAAACUUGGGCAGAACUUCACCAUGGAAAUUCAGAAGUUCAAGGAUGAGAAAGAAGGCUAUUUGGCAAACAUGUGGUACCGCCUGGCCCAGAACUCGAGAAACAUCUGUGGAGAGUUGACCUGCUAUCAAAAUGCUAUCCAGGCACUGCAGAAUCCAGAGAACAACUGGCAGAAGGUAGACUACAUCUUGGAGUUCUGUGAGUGGAUGUAUUAUAAGCAGUUCCCUCUGGACGACGUGUUUGACCACCUGGGUUGGGCAAUCGAGAUUCUGCUAUCCAUGAAACCCACUGAAGACUCCCUCGAGCCAGAGCCCAAGAAGGAAGGGCAGACCUCCCCUGCCCAGUCUCCCACAGAGAGUACAAUGUCUUCAAAUCUGGAGACAGUCUCCUUGGACCAGCUUCGAAGUGUGACGCAGUUGGAGGCCCUGGCCCGUGUGCACAUCCUGAGGGCCUUGAUGGCAUCCCCAAGCUCCUCUUCCUAUGAAGAUGACUGCUUGAUGGCCUACGGCUUCUUCAAGCAGAUCUUGCAGAUUUCCUUGACAGAAGGAGUAAAACUAAUUCCAGAAAAGAAUGUACAAGUAGCUAAUUCACAAUUGUUAUUGACCAAAAGGGAGAAAGAGAAGGAGAAGGAGAAGGAAAAAGAGAAGGUCAAAGAAAUGAAGCAGACUCCAACCCCAGCUUCCAACAAGCCACCUGAUGAUAUCCCCACCAGCAUAGGCGAGUGGGCAUCCUACUCCUGCUCUGAGGAGCUGCUGUAUGUGUUCAAGCAAGACAAGAGCGACUGCACCAUUAACUCGUCAAGUUUCCAGAAGCCCACGUACAGUUUGUACUACAUAGACCAUUUGGCCAAAGCCCUGCAGAAGAUGUUCCUUCAUGAGCUCAGCAUCCCGAUCCUGCAGCUGGGUGUGCUCAUUGCAGAUGCUGUGGUGGAGAGCAAGAGCCUUGCAGACCUCUACCACUUGCGACUUUUACAGGUGUGCUCUGAUCUGAGGCUGCACUACGCAGCAACUCAUCAUGAAGAGGUGAUUGGACAGGCGUACUUCGGGGACAUGGAGCAGGCCAGCUGCAGAAAAGAGAUUGCAUUUAAAAAAGAGAAGACCAAGGAACCUGUGGUGGAAGACAGUCUGCCAGCCCUGCAUGAGCAGCUGGCCCCAUCACACUCCGAAGAGGUGAAGCCACUGAUAGCACAAGACAAGAUUUUGAAGAUAAAUGGAGAUACUGGCAAGGGGCUGGAUGGGACAUCCUACCCACAGCUGUGGAUGCUCAAAGGGGAGGUCCUGCUGGAGUUGGAGCUGCACCAACCAGCCCGGCUGCUCCUGUCUGAGGCCCAACAGGCUUUCCAGGAGCUAGGCUAUACCUGUGCAGAAGCACAGUGCCUGGUGCUUCUAGCAGAAUUGGCCAACAAGGAAAAGAACCAUGGGCAGGCUAUGCUCAUGAUUGAGAGGGCCCAGCAGCUAGGUGGAGCUGAGGAGUUCUGGUACAAUUCAACCCUGACUCUGGCUGAGGCAAUCUUAUCCUCCGAAGAUGAUGGAAAAGAAAUCUCGGUUUGCAGCCUGUUUGAGAAACUCAUAGAUACUUUCAGAACCCUCCAGAACGAAAGGCCGAACCGAGUCUCCCUGCUGGAAUUCUUCAUCAUGGAGCUAGAGGCCAGGUGUGUGAAACUUCAUAUCGGAUUUGCCUGCGACCUGAUUGGCAAGGAACUUAAGUCGUACCCAAUUUUGCUGAGAGAACUAGAAGAUCACCUGUUGGAAGUUGAAGAAAACUUUAUAUAUGGUGGCUACCACAAAAAUUAUGUUGAUUUAAAACUGGAGCAUGCAAGGAUAAAGAGGUUAUGUGCUGAAAAGGAAAAAGAUGAGGAACAAAAGACUGCCUACUAUCUGGAGAUGUACUCACUGUCCCAGAAAGCUAUAGCUGAGGAAGAGGAACUAUUUCACAGAAUCCAGGCGAUAUUGUCCCUUCAAGAUUUACAGAACAUCAACUCCCCGCUGAUGAGGAGGCUGGCCCGCCUCAAGCUCAGCCUGGCAGAAACAUGCCUGGACAUGCUGCAGCUCGUGUGCAAGGAAGCCCUGGAGCUGCAGAUGGAGCAGGGCUCCUUUGAGAAGCUACUUGCAGACUUCCUUCAGAGCACCAGUGACUACUCAUCCAUCGGCUUGCAAUGGUUCUUCCUGAAGCGUACCCUGCCUCACUUGGUGCUAACACAGCUGGAGAGUCUGCAGCCACUAUGUGUGGGCUGCACGGACAUCCGUGCCCAGCUCCUGAUGCUGGCUGGGAAAGCUCUCCAUCUCCUGUCUGUGCAGACAGAUCCGGUGUACCCUUCCUUCUGCUGGGAGGAGGAUCUCUUGGUAGGUACUAAGCAGAACAGCCUGAAAUCACUGGAGACAGACACAGAGGACAGGAGUGUAGAGUCCUCCUCCAGGAACUCAGCAGUCUUUAAGGAAGCCCCCAAGGAACAAAACCGGAAGGCUGAGGGUCUGAAGAAGAAGGUGAUGCUGGCCCAGAGGUUCCUGGCUCAGGCAUCAGAGGUGUUGCUGCAGUGUAUACAGACUUCCCUGAGCAACAAUCUUCUGGAUAUCGCGGCCACUGCCAGCUUAGAGAUGGUGGAAUGCAUUGGCAACCUGGACCCUGUAACCACCUGCCAGUUCCUGUCACUGUCACAGAGCUGCUCAGCCUCAGAGAUGAUGCGGAAAGUUUUGCUCACAGCCACGAUCAACACCGGCAGCUCACAGCUGGCGGCCCUGCUGCAGCUCCACCAUCGACUGAGGCAACAAGACAAGAUGUCCACCAGCCUGUUUGCCAGUAUAGAGCAGAAGCUGGCCGCCACUUCCAGGGCAUGGCAGAGUCUCUGUGUCACAGAUCAGCAUUUCAACAUCCUGAAUGAGAUCGCACCCAUGUUCCGGCUCCUCUUUCUGCAGCAUUCACAAGACAGGUCAUGUCUGUAUGGUGCUGCCUUUGAGAGACCACGGACUAUGUCUACACCCAAGGGGAAACCAGUAACAGUGGGUGGUUACUGCAAGAUAACUCGGGUGGCUACGAGUCCGACUGCCAUCUCUGACGUGUUGACCAAUAUCCGGUGGUUCCGGAGGUACACACAAGUCCAGGAGCCAGACUCGCGCACUCACAGUCUCAGCAGCAUCCUGGAGCGCACGGAGGACUAUCUGAAGCCCAUCACCUCCCUGUUCACCUUCCCAGAUACCAGAAAUCAGAUGCCAACAGCUGUGGGGGAUGCAGGGAAAAAUAAAGGCAAAGAGAAAGAAAGGAAAGUAUCUCUCCCUUCAGGGCAGCCUGACCCUGAGUACAUAAUCCUGAUCGUGGACAAGCUCCUCCUAGAGCUGCCCCUAGAGGGACUCUCCGUGUUCAAUGAGGUCACCUCCCUGUCACGAGAUUUUUCUCUCCAGAUGCUGUGGAACCGUCUCCAUAAGGAGGAGUUAGAAGGCACUGUGAAGAAAGAGACCAAGAACAAGGACUUAAAGAAGAAACCUCCAGGAAAGAAGGGCUUGAAGAGCACCAUGAUCCGGAUCAUCCCACCGGAGUGCACCCUAAUCGACUCAGACAACAUCAAGUUUGUUGUGGACCCUUACGAUGAGGCCCAGGGCAAAGACAUACUGAAACCUGUCUCAGUGACCCAGGAAAUUUUGGAUAAGUACCGAGACUCGUUUGCCGCACGUUGGAUAGGGUACCUGGGAAGCAACCACUUUCCAAGCCAGGCUGACUGGGAGCAGGUACUGGACAGCUGCAAAGGCUUUUUCUUCUACGGGAUGGAGACCUUCCUGUCCCACCUGGAAGUAGAAAGACUGGUAGCCAUGGAUCUGCAAGAAUGCCAGAUGAUGGUCCUGCUGAGCUUGACAAGGUCCUCUCAGAGCCGGAAGCGGAAGGUAGAAAAUUCAGAGUGCCAGAGUGCAUCAUGGCGGUCCUUGGAGAAUCCCAUUGAGACUGCCAUCCUUCUGAGUCUGAUUGGGGUUGAGAGCAUUGUCAACAACCAGUGGCCCACACACCUGAAGGACAACGCGCUGAGGGCCACCAUCCUGUGGGAUAACCUGUUAGCAAUUGGCAAGCCACUUGGGAAAACAGUUCGUCUCAUACAUAGGCUACAAAAUGAAACAGGUAGCCAAGAUGAGAGCCCCCAGACCUCCAAGGAUGAGCCAUUGUCUGAGUUGCGGCUUCAGCAGUUUGAGUCACUCGCCAUUGCCCUCAACUGGGUUCUGUAUGGCCUGCCCCACCAAGCCAUCGUGUGA